CGCUCACACACACACACACACACACACACUAGUUACGACGAAAGCCCGUGCGGCGAGAUAAAGGAGAGAAGCUGGACGAAACGGCGCCGCCCCGUUGUUCCCGCCGGCCAAUCCCUUCGAUUCAUGCCUUGAUGAGGCUUCUCUCCCUUCUCUGCGCCUGCUUGGAGAAGAGAUUCAGAGGCCGCCGCCGCCGAGCCGCCGACGAAGAAGCCGAGGACGCCGCCGUCGAGUCGUGGGACCUCUUCUUCGAGCUCCGUACUCUGCAGGUCGCCACCAAUUUCUUCUCCGAGCUCAAUCAGCUCGGCCACGGCGGGUUCGGCCCCGUCUACAAGGGAUUGAUGCCAAAUGGUCAAGAAAUAGCUGUGAAGAAGCUAUCAUUAGAGUCAAGACAGGGGCUGAGAGAAUUCACUAAUGAGGUGAAACUGCUACUAAAAAUUCAGCACAAGAAUUUGGUCACAUUAUUGGGCUGUUGUGCAGAAGGACCUGAGAAGAUGCUUGUUUAUGAGUAUCUGCCAAACAAAAGCCUCGAUUACUUUCUCUUUAGUAAAAAUUCCAAUCCAGAUAAAAAGUAUGCAACCCUGGAUUGGACGACACGAUAUCGAAUAAUAACGGGUGUUGCACGAGGUCUUCUUUACCUACAUGAAGAGGCUCCAGAAAGAAUUAUUCAUAGAGACAUCAAAGCCAGUAAUAUAUUGCUGGACGAACACUUGAAUCCAAAAAUUUCAGAUUUUGGCCUGGCAAGGCUCUUUCCUGGGGAAGACACCCAUGUAAAUACAUUUAGGAUAUCCGGUACUCAUGGUUACAUGGCCCCUGAAUAUGCAAUGCACGGAUAUUUGUCUGUGAAAACAGAUGUUUUCAGUUAUGGAGUUUUGGUGUUAGAGAUUGUUAGUGGAAGAAAGAACCACGAUGGGCAGCUUGGUGCAGAGAAGGCAGACCUCCUGGGCUACACAUGGAAGCUUUAUCAAGGAGGGAAGCCACUGGAAUUAGUUGACCCAAAUCUUGCCAAGUACAAUAGUGAUGAGGCAGCAAUGUGCACUCAGCUAGGGUUGUUAUGUUGUCAACAAAGUGUUCCAGAUAGGCCUGAUAUGAACUCUGUUCAUCUCAUGCUUUCAAGCGACUCAUUUACCUUGCCUAGACCAGGUAAACCAGGAAUUCAAGGUCGUGGAGGACGUUGGACAACGACUUCUACGGCUUUGACUAAUACCAAUGCUACCAAUGCUAGUAGUUCUCAUACUGGUGUUACCAAGGUUUCUGGAAGUAGUAGUUUUGUUGAGGAUUUUUCUAGGAACUCUAUAUCUGUUUCUUCUAUUGAUGAAGGAAGAUGACCUGCAUUUUUCUUCUGUAAAGCAUAAUUAGCUUCAUUUAUAUUAUGUAAAGUUGUUUUUCUUUUUUUUGAUAAAAUUUUUUUGCUAACCUAAUGUAAGAUUAUCUAUUUGUUUAGCAUUAAAACCAUUUGCUGGUUUAUUGAUUACAUUUGUAUA